UCAUCGUUAUGCGAUCUCCUAAGCGUGCAUUUCGUUAACUUGACACAACUGAAAGCUUUUGCUGCUGUCAAUGUGUAAAUAAUGGUUUAAAAUGACAGAUAAUGAUUCUUGUUCAUCGCAGGCAGAUCCUGCAGGGUCGCUGGACUCAGAACUGACGACAGAGAAUCGAUCAGACGAGCCUAAAACUGCUCCUGUCGUACUUAGUCAAAAACAAAGAAGAGCUCUUCUCAAACGAGAGAGGAGGAAAAGAAAGCGCCAAGCUCUUGCCCAAACAAGAGGAACGGAUCUGUCACAGAAUGAAGACAACCAAACUGGAGGAGAGGAAGACGAGAAGAUCGAGGAGGACCAGGGGGAAAGGUUACAUCAGGAAUGGCUGGAGAGAGAGAGAAUCGCACAGGAAGCGUUCAGGCUGAAAAGAGAGAAAGAGGAGGCGGCACAAAAAAGGAAGGAGGAAGAAGAGAACAGGAUUCGAGAGGAAUGGGAGGAACAACAGAGGAAAGAAAAAGAAGAGCGAGAGCAGAAGGAUCUGGAGAGGAAAGAAAGAGAGGAAGCUGUUCAGAAAAUGCUGGAUCAAGCAGAGAUGCAGCUGGAAAAUGGAGGUCCUUGGAAAAACCCUGAUGCUCCGAAGGAUUAUGGAACUGAAAAGGAUAAAGCCAACUGUCCCUUCUUUCUUAAAACGGGUGCUUGUAGGUUUGGAGACCGUUGCUCCAGAAAGCACGAGCACCAGUCAUCCAGCACCACCCUGAUGGUGAGGGGGAUGUUUGUGACGUUUGGGAUGGAGCAGAUCAGACGCGAUGACUAUGACACCGACGCCAGUCUGGAGUACAGUGAGGAGGAGUUCCAUCAGCAGUUCCUGGAAUUCUUUGAAGACGCUCUACCAGAGUUCAGGAAUGCAGGGAGGGUGGUCCAGUUCAAGGUGAGCUGCAACUUUGAGCUUCACCUGAGAGGAAACGUUUACGUUCAGUAUGACACAGAGGAGGAAUGCAAAGAAGCAUUCAUGAUGUUUAAUGGUCGUUGGUAUGCUGGAAGACAACUACAAUGUGAAUUCUCACCAGUAACUAGAUGGAAGACGGCUAUAUGCGGACUAUUUGACAGACAGAAAUGUCCAAAAGGGAAACAUUGCAACUUCCUCCACGUGUUCCGAAACCCAGGCAAUGAAUUCUGGGAAGCAGACCGGGAUCUUCAUAUGUCCCCUGACAGGAGUGGUGGCGGCUUUUCAAGUCGACAUUUUGGAAGCAGAGAUGGAAUGUGGUCCCAGAGAGGGAGUAGCCCUGACCGAUCUCAGCGCAGAAGGACAGAUCGAAGGAGCCGUAGCCGUGAGAGGUUUAAUUAUAGCAAGAGGCGGAGUCGCAGCUGGGAGAGGCGGAGUCGCAGCCGGGAAAGGCGGAGUCGCAGCAGGGAAAGGCGGAGUCGCAGCCGGGAGGGGCGCAGUCGCAGCCGGGAGGGGCGCAGUCGCAGCCGGGAGGGGCGCAGUCGCAGCCGGGAGGGGCGCAGUCGCAGCCGUGAGAGGCGGAGUCGCAGCAGAGAAAGAUACAAUCAAAACAGGAAAAGGCAGAGUCACAGUAGAACCAGAGAGAGAAGGAUGUCACAGCAAUCAUUAAUAAUAAGACAGAGGUCUGAAAGAGAACAAUCCAAACGGAGCAAGAGCCGAUCCCAAAGCAAAGACAAAGAAUGUAGCUUGGCAGAAAAAAGUACAAAAUCACACAGUCCAGAGAUUGUGUCCAAAAACGGAUCCGUUAAAAGUCGCCGUCAACGUAGGAAAAUCGAAAGUCCAGAGAACGCCGAAACAACAGACAAAAGUUCCGCUCCACACCGCCAUAAGCACUCUAAAAAGAGCAAGAAAAAAAAGAGCAAAAAGAAACACAAAAGGAAGAAGAGUAAAUCCCGCAGCCCGAGCUCUUCAGCCGGAUCUGAUCCGGAAGAAUCUGGAAAUGAGGUGCGUGAUGUGACUCCAUCAGAAACCGUGGAAGUGAGGACAGAGGAUCCUGCUGUGGCAUCUAGCACAUGUUCACCAGAAGACACAGCACAGAUCCAGACUUUAGAGCAGUGUCAGCUAGAAGAGGAAAUUCAUGUUGUGCUUUUAGACUCUGUUAACUCUCAAAUCUCCCAACAAUCUGGAUCGAAUACAUAAAAAAAACUCUGCUACUGUUUUCAUAGAGCUGCUGCGGUUUCAUUUUUAUUACAAAAUGCCCACUUUUCCUAGUGCUGUCAUGGUCUUUGUUGAAUGCAUUGUCUAUACAUUUGUAAUUAAAUGACUGUUUUCUAAAGA